AGCGUCGCCGCUCAGGCGGUGCUGGAAGAUUCUGGAAUCGCGGCGAUGCGCGAGAGCUAAACGGCACAAAGAUUUAAAUCAGCGGCCGGCAGCCUCCCUCCUCCCGCCACCCCCUCCCCGGACUGAGCAACCGCCGUUGCCGGCCAUCCGGAGCCGCUUGUUGAUCGGAGGCCAGUCGGAGCCGGGCGGGCGGUGUGAGCUGGGCUGGGCCGGGCCUUGUGGCGGAGAUGGAGGAGGAGUCGUACAGAGUGAUGUCGGCGCCGGCGGUGGAGGUGCGGAUCACCAGCUCGUUGACGUCCUUUGUCUCGGAGAAAAGGUUCAACCGCGGCAUCACCGUGUCCGAGCUGAAAUGCAAACUGGAACUAAUUGUGGGCUCUCCAGCCUCCUGCAUGGAGCUGCAGCUGUUCAGUCCAGAUGACAAAUUCAUCGGCUUGCUGAACCAAGAUGAUGCACUGCUUGGUUCCUAUCCCAUUGACGACCGCUGCCGGAUACAUGUAAUUGAUCAAAGUGGAGUGAAGAUUGGAGAGUUUGAGGAUGUGUCUAAAGUUAUAAAGUACGAAAUGUCCAAUGAAGCAUAUGAUAAGAGAACAGAUUCAAUGCGUUUGUUCAUGAAACGCAGUAAACUAGGCUUGUAUAAUGAGGAACAAAAAGCAAAGGAUAAGAUCGAUCUCGAGCGGAGGAUACAAGAAGAAAAGGCUUUGGCUGACGCCAUUCUAGUUGGUGCAAGAUGUGAGGUUCUAAUCCCUGGGCAGCCAUCCAAGCGGGGUACAGUAAUGUAUGUGGGUCAAACAGAAUUUAAACCCGGAUACUGGAUUGGACUAAAAUAUGAUGAACCUUUAGGAAAACAUGAUGGCAGUGUGAACGGAAAGAGGUAUUUUCAAUGUCAGCCCAAGUACGGUGCGUUUGUGAAGCCACAGUCUGUAACAGUGGGAGACUAUCCGGAGGAGGACUACGGUCUAAAUGACGAAAUGUGAAUGCUAAUUACCUACAUCUUAGAAGCAUUGACACACUGUCUGUGGACUUGUCCCGAUAAUCCUGAAUACAAGUGAUUCCUCCUUACAGCUACAUUCAGGUGCUUGGAGUUUCUGAAUACACUGGGACUUUGUUAUUUGUUUUAGAUGCUCUGCAGAGAGAGUUUUGCUCGAGAUGUCCAUUACUUUUAUAUUUGCAAGAUUAAUAUUCCCAAUUUACUAGCUGACACUGGUUACAUGUAAAUCUGUACAGAAUUUGCAAAGUACAGUGGUUUGACACACCUGGCCAUUUCCUGAGUCACUCUUGGGAUCUCUAUGUAAACACUUGUGAAAAGUUGCUACUCCUAAUGUAAGCCAUGGAAAUUAAUGUUGCAUUGCAUCAGACCACAACCAUGGCUCAACAAUGCCCAGCACUAGUCAUUUAGGUACAUUUGUGAAAGAGUAGUGUUUGUUCCUUCUGAACAUUGUCUCUUUUAUACUUAAAUGUAUUUUGCUCACUAGGGCAGAGGUCUGAGCUUUCAGCUGAAAUAAUUGAUCUGCUGCUGAUUGCCACAACAGUAACUUUAGAUUAUAUAUCCAGCUACCUUGGUGAUUACUCUUUUAAAGUUAGCAGAUUGUAUGUCACUUGUUUCCUGGGGUAGGUCACAAUGAUGCUUGUUGUCAAAUCUUUUUAACUUAUUCUGAGACACCUCUGGGUGCAACUUCUGUAAACAAAAGGCUUUAAAUCUGACAUCAAAACUGUCUUGAUUCUGUACUGAGUUAUUUAUGCAGAGGACAAUAUCCCAUCAGCUGUGUAAAAGAUUGGAUGGUAAAUAUGUCUUAAUUUUACUAUUGUUUAUUUUUAUCCUUUCCCAGUGAGUUUGUAACACUUAAUUGAGAUUUAAAGUUUGCAUUAUCUUGCCAAACACCCACUUUCUUCUAUUUAAAAAGAGGGAGGGCAGUGAUUUACUCCCAUGUCAAUGAAAUGUUGCUUUAUAACUAGGGUGUGCACAUAACAUUUUUGUGUUGAAUGAAAAGGAUAUUUUUGUUUUGCCUUAACUUCUGAUUUUUGCUGAUGAUUACUUAAUGCAGUGAGAGAUUUAACAUUUUAAGUACUGUGCCAUUCACUUACCUCUCUCCACAUUUUUAUCACCAAGAUGUGUUUGACAAUUGCUGCACUAUUAAGAUUGCCCCUGCGGCAAGGUUUUGGCACAUGUACACCAAUGUAAAAGAUAGUGAAGAAAUAAAGCAUCCUUACCUCA